AUGGGCUUUUUGGGCUUCCGCUGGCUGGUCAACUUCGGCCUGCUGGCCCUCCCUAUCGGAAUCACCCUCGGCAUCUUGAUCGGUCUUGAAGCCAACAGGACAGCAAACGGAGGGCCGCCGCUGUUCAGCGACCCCGAUACGCCCAAGAAGAACAAUGGCAUCACGGCGAUGGUAUCGUGUGAUAAGGCGAUGGGUCUUCACCCGGAGUCCAAGGGCCAGGAGUACACACUGAACCCGAACCAGUGGGGUUGGACCGAGGGCGAAGAUGGCGCUCUGUGCAUGAACGUCACGACGUUCAACAACCAAACGUACGCGACCGACUACUCUGCGCCCGAGUUCUGGGUCACCUGGAGAUAUCCCCAAGGCCCCGCGACGCAGCCCGUCCACGCUUUCCCCAACAUCAAGGUCGAUGGCACCAUCCUCCCGAUCGAGAUCUCCAAGUUGUCCCAGAUCAAGGUCGACGUCGAGUGGUCCUACUCGGUCGGCAACUACACGACCGAUGGCGCGACCGCGACGAACACGGACGAGGCCGAGCUCUUGGAGAACCAGACAAACACCAACGUCGCCAUCGAUAUGUUCUUGGACGACGACAAGGACUCCGCCAAGGACAGCACCAAGGCUGAGUACGAAGUGAUGGUGUGGCUCGCGACCUUCGGCGCCGCCACGCAGCCCAUCGGUUACAAGGCCGGCGCCGGGGCUCUGACGACGAAAUCCAUCAACGGAACGACCUUCACUCUGUACGCCGGCCAAAACAGUCUGAAGCAGUACGUCUUGACCUGGGUCGCGCCCAACACCGAACACUUCGUCGGCGACCUCACAGAGCUCGUCAAGCAGAUCACGAGCUUGCCCGCCAGCGUCACCGCUCUUGCGACCGAUGUCAAGUUCCCUACCUCCUCCACCUACCUGGGCUACAUGGGUCUCGGCUCCGAAGCCCUCUCCGCCACCAAGGUCGUCACCUUCCGGGUGCCGACUCUGACAAUAGACAUCAAGGGAUCUUCAUAA